AUGUUCAUUAUCAAGCCAGCCCUCAAUAUGGUCACUUUCGGCGCCGGCUGGGAUUUGAUCGACCUCAUCCCUGCCCUCCGCGAUGAGGACCUGCAGGUGCACAAUCUAGGCAGUGAGAUGGUGCAGAACUACAUCGGCGCGGUGACCACGGGCGCCCACGGCAAGGGCAAGCAGCACCAAGACCUUGCGAUGCAAAUCAUUGGCUUUCGCGUCCUCGACGCCCAAGGAAACAUCCACAGCAUGGACAAAGCGACUAACCCGGACCUCGUCAAGGCCUUCAGCAUUGGCAUCGGUGCCCUGGGCAUCGUGGUCGAACCCACCAUCCAAGCCGAGGCCCUCUCCUACCUCAAACGCACCAUGAGAGUCGUCCAGGGCUCGAGCAACAUCACUGAGCUGCCCCACGCUAGACUGGUCCCCCGAGAAGCAAGAUCUCAUCCUGAAGCCCAACCUCAGCGUCGCCUCCUGGGAACCGAGCAACUACAGCGCCGUGCAGAACUGCUCGCUGACUCCUGCGCCAACGACUGCGGCUCCUGCGACCGGGGCUCGGUCUGCUACGACUACAAGAACUUCCAGAACCUGGACAUCGCCGCCAAGAAGUCCAAGGGCUGCCUCAGCGACGACGUGACGGUCAUCACGCGCUUCAUCAAGGCCGACGACAACUGGCUCUCGUCCGUCAACGCGGACACCUUGCCCAAGGGCUCGCGCGGCAUCUUCGCCUCGCUCAAGUACUCCUGGAUCCCCACGUACAACGGCUGGACCCAGCAGUACUUCUACCAGGACCAGACCUGA